AUGGACAAGUACGACGUCGUGAAGGAUCUGGGGACUGGAAACUUCGGUGUGGCUCGGCUUCUAAUGCACAAGGACACCAAGGAGCUCGUUGCCAUGAAAUACAUCGAGAGAGGCCGCAAGAUAGAUGAGAACGUGGCGAGAGAAAUUAUCAAUCACAGGUCACUUAAGCAUCCUAAUAUCAUCCGGUUCAAGGAGGUGAUUCUGACUCCUACUCAUCUUGCUAUUGUGAUGGAGUAUGCUUCUGGAGGAGAGCUCUUUGAUCGAAUCUGCACUGCCGGUAGAUUCAGUGAAGCUGAGGCUAGGUACUUCUUUCAACAGCUGAUUUGUGGUGUCGACUACUGCCACUCCUUGCAAAUAUGCCAUAGAGACCUGAAGCUUGAGAACACACUGCUCGAUGGGAGCCCUGCUCCGCUUUUGAAAAUCUGUGAUUUUGGUUACUCUAAGUCAUCUAUACUGCAUUCUAGGCCUAAAUCGACUGUUGGAACUCCAGCAUACAUAGCACCUGAAGUUCUUUCUCGUAGAGAAUAUGAUGGCAAGCAUGCGGAUGUGUGGUCAUGUGGAGUGACCCUUUAUGUCAUGCUGGUUGGAGCUUACCCGUUUGAGGACCCUAAUGAUCCCAAGAACUUCAGGAAAACAAUCCAGCGUAUAAUGGCUAUACAAUACAAGAUCCCGGACUAUGUUCACAUAUCUCAAGAAUGCAAACACCUUCUCUCUCGCAUAUUCGUCACUAACCCCGCUAAGAGAAUCACGCUCAAGGAGAUCAAGAAUCAUCCGUGGUACUUGAAGAAUCUGCCAAAGGAGCUGCUAGAGUCAGCUCAAGCGGUGUAUUACAAGAGAGACAACACGAGCUUCUCUCUUCAAAGCGUAGAGGACAUAAUGAAGAUAGUUGGAGAAGCAAGGAAUCCAGCUUCAUCUUCUAGUAUCGGCAAAAGCUUGAGUUCAGGAGCUGAGGAAGAAGAUGAAGAGGAAGAGGAUGUUGAAGCUGAAGUGGAAGAGGAAGAGGAAGAAGAAGAAGAUGAAUAUGAGAAGCACGUCAAAGAGGCACAACAGUCUUGCCAAGAAGAGCCUCACAAAGAUUUAAAGAAAGACUGA